AUGUUGGCAGCAAAAACGCCUAAUGUGGCUCAUCCAGUUCCUGCUAGUUUGACCACAGCGACCCCCAGAAGUGCUUCUCUUCCAGAUGCCUCUGCUGUGUCUUGGAAGAAUGACCAGGCUGUGAUUGCAAACACCAUCUACUUCCUGAACAUUUACAGUCAUGGCGAGCUGCAGUCCCACUGCGAGCAGCGCUUCCUCCCGUGUGAGAUUGGCUGUGUCAAGUACUCCCUGAAGGAAGGCAUCAUGGAUGAUUUCCAUCGCUUCAUAGAUCCUGAAGUUCCACCACGUGGUUUUCGGUACCACUGCCAGGCUGCAAGUGAUAACACUCAUAAGAUCCCUAUAUCUGGGUUUGAGCUGUCACGCGCUUGCUACCCCGUUGUGUUACGUGAGCUUCUUGACUUUGUCCAGCCAGCUGGAGGUGCUUGGCCGCGUUUCUACUGCAGGUGUGAUGACAGAUACAGAAUCAACUGGUGCUUCAGGCGAAUGGCUAGCUUGUCAGGCUUUGAGAGCCACCUGGAACUUCUUAAUGUGGAAGACCUGAUAGUCGAACUCUACUGGAAGAAAUUUCAAAAGGAGCCAUCUAAGACUUGGGUGUGUAAAGAACUAGAUGUCUUCCUGUGGGAUUACUCCAGUAAUACCAGGUGCAAGUGGCAUGAAGAGAAUGAAAUACUUUUCUGUGCUCUGGCAUCCUGUAAGAAAAUAGCUUAUUGUAUCAGUAAAUCUUUAGCYGGAGUGUAUGGAGUUUCAUUGACAGCAGCUCACCUACCUCUUGAAGACUAUGUUUCCCGUGACAGCACAAAUGCCAAGAUAGUGGUGUUGGAUGCUGGACGUUUCCAGAAGACGAAGACUAGGAGCUCUGGACAUGACAGCCACUUCACUUCUGCAAGUCAAGAUCAAGGAUGUGUCCCUUCUGCUUGUGGUUCUUCCUGUGGUGUGAAGAGUCUCCCUUACGGAACAAGUAUCAUGCGAGGAAGAGGAAUUACUCGGUUGCUGAAAAGUGCAUCUCAUCUAACCAACUCUUUCAGUAAUUGAAAGUCCACUUUACAUCCAGGACAGCUGUGUGUUCUGUUUUUCCUUUUCUCUUCAGGAUAACCAGUAGUUUCUCCAGACUGCAGUUUUUCAUCUUCUAUGCAACCCUUCAUAGUUCAAAUCCUUGUUAGAAUGAUCAAACUAUUAACUGGAUUUAAAUAGAAAGAAAAGAAACCUUGGUUUCUGCCUACAAGAAGAAUUAUUGUGAAGGGAUCUGACAAUUACAUCCUCUCUUUUAAGUAGAUACCGUGUUAGUUCUGUUUCUUAGUGCGUGGAGCCAAAAUGUAAGAUCGGAUAGUACUAGUGAUUUAGAAUCUUUUAAAGACACAUGAACCACUAAAGAAGUGAUUUAUUUCAUCUUUAAUAGCCUUCAUUCCCUCUUUUGUAUGUGGAAGGUAGAAUUUCAGUACAAAAAUCCCUCCCCCCAAAAUUAAUGGGGAGGAGCAGUGGAACUUUAAAAGGUUGCAUUAAGGGAAUUAUAAAUCUAGUAGUCUCAAAGAAUUGCUGAUAAUCUCUCUCUCUCCUACUCAUUAAGAACUUGUAUAUUCAUUCAAAGCAGGAAAAAACCCAGACAUUAAAUGAGAUGUCUUGGGAAAAUGUGAUGGUGGUUUUAUCCAUCUGUUAAUGUUCUUUUGGAGACACACACAUUAUAUAUCAGGAACAAGCACAAUAUGGAUAUUUCC